AUGUCCCUGGCGCUGACGCUCAGCCGACCGUUACAGCCGUGUGUGGGCAGACUGCGUCCGGCACUGUUGCGGCCAGCACUGUGUGUUUGGCCCAGCUAUCGGUUCUGGGCAUCGUGGCAUCGCCACCUGAAUCGCCUGAAUGCUGCUGCCGUGGAUGGAGAUGUCCAUCGAGCCGAGCGUGAGUUUGAGACCCUCAUUUCUCAAGUACCUCGAGAAAAGUCCACAGUGGUCUACAACACGUUGCUCAAGGCCUUCGCGAACAAUGGCUCUGCGCAGAGAGCUGUUUCGCUCUACGGACGAAUGCGAGAACAAAGCAUUCGUGUCAAUGCCAGGACCUAUGGCAAAAUCAUUGAAGCUCACGCCAAAAUCGGCGACCUGGAGUCUGCGAUGGCAUGGCUGUCCCGGCGGUCUCAGGACUUCAAGUCCGAUGCUGUCGCCCUCAACAUGAUCCUCGAUGCUGCUGCGCAGGCUGGCCUUGCGGAAGAGGCGGAGGUACUCUUCCUUUCCAUCGAGCAGAUGGGCUUUGCCACAACUCAUUCGUUUGGCAGUGUCUUGCACGCCCUUGCAAAGGCCUGGAAGCCCAGUCAAGCCAUCACGUGGCUGGACCGCAUGGACCGAGAGCAGGUGGAGCCCAACGCCAUCUGCUUCGGUGCAGUGAUCGACGCCUAUGCGAAGUCUGGGCAGCCACAAGAUGCGGUAAAGGUUUUGCAGGACAUGCAAGCCCGCAAGCUUCAGCCAGACCUCGUAGCAUUUUCCUCCAUCGUGGACGCCUUCUCCAGGCUCGGAAAGGCAGCCGAUGCAGCCUUGUGGUUGGAGAACGCUGAGAGUUGCAACUUGCAUCCAAACAUCAUCGUCUACAACAGCAUCAUUUCGGCCUGCGCUCGCACGGGAAACCCCAAGCAGGCCAUCCGCUGGCUACAGAAGAUGCAAGCGGCAAGUUUAAGGCCAGAUCGUACUUCUUACGGUGGCAUACUGGAUGCGUUCUCCAAGAAGAAAGGCGUCAAGUUGCAAGAGGUCACUCGUUGGUUCCACUGCAUGGUGAAUGACCGGCACUCGCCAGAUGAAGCUGCGUUCUCGUGCAUGCCGAUUGGCUGGAUGUAG